AUGCGGUCUGUCGCGAGCGAGUUCCCUCAUGUGCUAUUUCAUAGCAUUUUGAUAUUGGUUGAAAUAUCUGACAAAGUCCUUGAUGUCAAAAUUUGUUAUAUGUAUUCUAAAGGAGAGAUUAUUAGCCAUCCCAGCGACAAUGUCACUGAAGCCCUCUUCGCCUUCGUGGGAAUUGGAUUUGCCAUCAGUGUCGCGCGAAAACUAUUAUGCGUUCACAGAAUUAGGCAAAUAUGCUGCAACGGCGACUACGGAAGAGGCGAGACAAACGAGGCCAUUCACCUUUGGAUGAGUGCAAUAAAAGUGUGGCUCGAAGCUUUCCCUCAAGCACUAAUUACUUACUUUUACUUUGGCGACUGUUCGACAACGACAGACGCGAAACAUUGGGGUCAAAUAUUUGGUUGCGUUUCUCUACUUCCGUUCCUGGUGUUUGGUUUCCACUUCUGUUAUUACUGGGCGUGCUACGAUUGCGGUAAAAGAUACAGGUAUGACAAGGAACCCAAUCUACUGAUGAUGCUUGCAAUGAUCACCACGCUUCUAUCCCUGGGUUGUGUUAUUGCCACAAUCCACUUGAUCAUGGAUUUCAACAAAUUCUGUCAGCCACCGUUGGGUGAGUAG